CGGACAACAGACUUUCUGUUAAUAUUGACAUUUCUAUUUACUGUAGGGGCCGUCUGACAACAUGUCGUGAUGUUACAUCUUUACGUGUUGCUAGAAAGAGGUAGCACGUCUGUUUCGGUGGUUACACGUGCUCUACAGACCUGGAGCCGAUCAUAACCUGGAUUUCGGUAUGAGCUAUCAGGCUGCAUUUCCAGUUUGAUAUGACCUUUCUUGGUAUUUAGUCCUUGGUGCUGUUGUCUCUGCAUUAUGCGGAUCAUAACCUGGAGCUCUUCGUGAAGAUUUUCUCGCUAUUAGUCUGACUUUCGAUUCUGUUAAACCUUCUUUGGUAUUUAGUCUUUAGUGUUGUUUUCCCAGUAUUAUGAUGGUUCAGCAUUGUUCCCAGUGUGACAGAUACUGCACAGAUCUGAAGAAAUGUUCAGGCUGUAAGACUGUGUUCUAUUGCUCGGUAGACUGUCAACGUGAACAUUGGCCAAGGCAUAAAGCUCAUUGCAGAUACAAACAACCAGAUGGCCCUAUUCAAUCCCUGGAUCAGGUUAAUCAGUGCUGUUCGAACUGCAAGACCUACGUUGGAACUUUAAAAAGGUGCACUGCCUGCAAAAAUACGGCGUACUGCUCGAAAUCUUGUCAGUUAGAACACUGGCCCGAGCACAAAGCCAACUGCAAAUUGUCUUCUCAAGAUACCAGCAAGGAUUCCAUGAACGGAGGUCGACGUUGUGCAUACUGUAACACAAAUGUCGGGCAGCUGAAAAGCUGUACUCGUUGCAGAACAACGGCUUACUGUUCAAAAUCAUGUCAGCUAGGGCACUGGCCGAAGCACAAAGCCAACUGCAAAUUGUCUUCUCAAGAUACCAGCAAGGAUUCCAUGAACGGAGGUCAACGUUGUGCAUACUGUAAUACAAAUGUCGGGCAGCUGAAAAGCUGUACUCGUUGCAGAACAACAGCUUACUGUUCAAAAUCAUGUCAGCUAGGGCACUGGCCGAAGCACAAAGCCAACUGUCGACGAUCUCCUGAAAAUGCCGGAAAGAAUUCUCAGAACGAGCGUCAUUAUUGUACAAACUGUAACACAGUUGUCGAAGAGGUAAAACGUUGUACAGGUUGCAGUGCCGCAGCCUAUUGUUCCAAAUCAUGCCAGAAAGAGCAUUGGCCAAAACACAAAGGUAGCUGUAAAUGGUUUUCUCUUGAUACAAGCAAGGAUUCCACGAAUCAAGUUCAAAAGUGUGGAAACUGUAACACAACUGUCGGAAAUUUGAAAAAGUGUGUCGGCUGUAGUGCCAUAGCCUAUUGUUCCAAGUCGUGUCAGCAAGCACACUGGCCAAAACAUGAAAUUAAUUGUGGGGUUCGUGGAAAGGGCAAGAAAGUUCGUCAACGGCGUGAAGAUGACGGCAGGAAUGUUAGUCCAGAACCUGAUCCUAUCAAUGCGACAACAUUUGAAGGCAAUACCAAGUUUAGAAUUGUACAGGACCUUGUGUCUGGCUCGGUUAUGAUGGAUAAACAGGAACCGUUACCAGAGUUUUUCCUCCCGCCAGCACCACCUCCAGGCCCAACAGAGUUAUCCCGCCUGGUGGACAGCCUGAUGACGUCACUUCCCCAACCAACGUUUUUCGAUCUUGCUGACGGCCAGCGGUUUACGUUCAUCACGAACAUGACCAGGGUUAUGCCGGAGAGCUACUUCUCGGUGCUGUACGAGAACAUUAACACGAUCCUGGUGGCAAAAAUCGUCGAAAUGGACGUGUGCUGGAUAAGAAACGGGAUCCGUAUUAUGGGAGACAAAUCCAAAAUAUUAAGGAUAGUCCAUUUCCACAUGCCAGGGAUGAAUCCGUUUCCCUUUUUUAAAUGGAGUGAUGCAGUUCCGGGUAACUACGUCUGCAUCCGCGCUCCUUCGUUUCACUCAUUCAAGGAUGGACAGGUCGGGUUCCGAAUAAACCACGCCAGUCACGUGCGCAUCUUGUCUGCGUCCGGGCAACUGACCUUUGGAAUAUAAAGCAGCCCCACACGAAAACUGGUGUUGGACGGCAGGUUUGUGUCAAAGGGAUACGAGGCUAUGUUUUCUAAUCCAACUAACAAAUCACGAAUAACAUUUCCGUAUAACUCUAACCAGACUCAUAUUAAUCUCCUAGAGUACCAUAAAAGACGUACAGCAUAGAGAGAGAAAGCAGAGCAGCGACGACAGUGAGAUAGUUGGCGGAUGGUUAUACGUAACCGGUGAAAAACGGUCUCUUUUCAAUUUACCUCGCCGUAAGUGUGAAAGUCUGUCAACAACCUGCGGAUGGUCGUGGGUUUCCCCCGGGCUGUGCCCGGUUUCCACCCACCAUAAUGCUGACCGCCGUCGUAUAAGUGAAAUAUUCUUGAGUACUGCGUAAAACACCAAUCAAAUAAAAUAAAUAAUUCAAUUUACUUCAGUUAGGGUAGAACACCCUCUACCUGGCGUUACCUGAUCUCCAUCGGAAAAAAUGGAAUCAGAAAAAAGUUACAAAGUGUCAUACAGGCUUCCGACAGGCACGUUGUCAAAGCAUGGACGGUUCUUGAAUUUUGAUUUGUUGGCUGGUUUCUCGGCAUAAACUUGUUUACAGCUGGAGUCCGUUUUACAAAAAUGUGUAACUUACGUCAAACAUGUUUGACAUAGCGUUACGCCCUUUCUUAAAAUCAGUA